GGAGGAGGAGGAGGAGGAGGAGGAGGACCCAGGGGAAGAUUCGCCUCGAGGGACAUCCGGUACUUCCCCGACGACGAGGCCGACGCGGGGGCCCCGAGAGGCGGCCCCGGGCGAGGCCGCGGCGGCUACGGGCCGAGGCAUCCGCACGAGGAGGGCGAGGACGGCGGCAGAGAUCGCCCACGGGGGAGGGGCAGGGGGGGCUUCGAGCACCGAGGCAGAGGGAGAGGAAGGGGUCGCGGCCAGCAGAAGGAGUACGAGCGGUGGAAGGCGGAGCGGGAGGCCAUCGACGAGGCCAGGCUGAUCCGGAGCCGCACGCACGGGGGCGGCUGGAGGAGGGAGUGGGAUAAUGAUAAGCUCGAUCAAGGAAAUAUUGAAGACAGUGAGCCAUUUUAUGAUCCUAGAUAUCCCAGAAGUAAAGGGGAAGGCUUCAAGUUGGCAGACUACAUGACAUCAGGUGAGGGCGAAGACAAGGGGGCUGGAGUGCAGGAGGGGCUGGGGGAGCACAGGCCAACAAGAGGCCGUGUAUCCAGGGGGAAGUACAGGGGUCAAGGUCGCUACAUUGACCCAGAGCUGAAUGCACAGAAGCAUGAGGAGGAAAUCAUGGCUGAGCUUGACCCCGACGCGGUCUUUGGUCGUAGGCGGAUUGAGGGCCAUGGGGACUCCUUUACCAUCUCUGUCUCCAACACCACUCACAGCUCUGCUGGUGAGAAAGAGCCAGAAGUACUUGGUAAAUUUGUGCGGGUAGGCUCUGGGCGUAUGGGACAGGGUAAGAGGAGUCCUCCCCAAAAUGAACAUGGUGGAGGAGAUGAAAGAGGUGAGGGAGAGAGGCCACACUACCACGGGAGAGGACGUGGACAGAGACAUGCCAGAGGAAGGGGACGUGGCCAGGGACGUGGAUACUUUAAUAAUAAGGAGAAUUCUCCGUACACCUGGGUGAGGCCUAGUGGAGCACCUGCUCAGACUUCCUCAUUUGCCGUCAGCUCCCAAAAGUCAAUGGAGCAAGAUGCAUCAGAUGCUCCGAUCCCAGUGGCAGCAUCAGAAAGUAAAGCCGAUAAUAAUGCAAUAAAACCAGGUGCAGAAAAGAUAGUAGAAAGCAACCUUAAACCAGACACCAACCAGGAAGGAAAUACCAUUGAUGAAAAUAGUCAGAUUGAGUCGAAGGAAAAGGGGGAAAGUGGCCUAUUGCAAGAGGAAAUUGGGGAGAAUUUUGAAGGCAGUGAAGAUGCAGCAAAAGAAGAGGAGCUAGAUGAUUAUGAAGAUGAAGAAGUUUAUGAGGAAGCAGAAGAGGAAUAUUAUGAAGAAGAUUACCAUGAAGCAGAAGAGGAGGAGUUGAAAGGGGAAGAGGAAGAAACUGAGGAAGAUUUAGGGGCCACAGAGAUCAAGGAAAAUCUUCCAGCAGAAGUAGAAUCUGCUCCAAUUCAGAGAGAAGAGGGAAAAGUUGAAGAGGAAGACAGCAAACAAGAUUCUAAGGCCAGAACAGACAAGGAAGAUCAUGAACCUGAAUCUCAGCCUGUACCUGUUGAUGUGCCGGAAGCAGAGAAGCAGAACACAGAUGAGAAUGAAGGGAAAGAGAAAGAAACUUUGGAUGUCAAAAGUGAACCGAAAGAAUGUGCUAUACAGUCAGAACAAGAGUUGGUAAGUAAGGAUGAAAGUCCAGGUAAGAAUAACGAGCAGGAUGUCAAGGAGAAUACAGAACAAGAAGGAGAAUGUCCCAGGGUGGCUGAUGGUGAGGCAGUUAGUGAGGCAGCUGGUAAGGACAAGGCAGGGGAUGAGGAGAAGGAGAGCAGCAUUGUGGAGGAUAAUGCUGAAACAGAGGAAUGUCCUAUUGAAGUGGGCAAGGAAGUGAGUGCUGAUGAUGACAUCACCAUUGAUGAAGAGGGAACAAGUGUUGAGAAGGAAUCGGAUUCAAAAUCCAAUAAAGAUGAAGAUGCUCAAAUUGAGAACCAGCCCAAAGAUGCAGCCAGUGAACUGCCUGAACCAGAAUCUGGGAAGGAGAGGCCCUCAAAGCUUGAAGUCAGCGAGGGGAAGGGUGAAGACAGCACUGCAGUAGGUGCUGCUGCUAUUUCUAGUGAAGCUGCUGAGCCACAGGCUGGAGUUAAAGUAAGUGAGAGUGAGAAAAAGACAGAAGGCCUGGUGAAGCUUACCCCAUCCCCUACAAAAACAAAUGAGGGAGAGAAAAAGCCUGAAAGUCGACUGACCCCAUCUUCCUCUCCAACAAAGACAGAAGAACUUGUUCGUAACAUUGAAUGGAAAUGAUAUGAUGGUUUAGAAAACACAGUAUAGGGUUGUUUUGCUGUUAAAAGAAAUGAGCAAUGAGUCAUGUCUCUGUCUCCUACAUAGUGUCACAUCUUGGUUUCUAAUACAGUAGCUAUGACUGCUGUGUAUACUAGAUAAAUUUACAUUAACACUAUCAGUGUACAUCAUGAAAUUACGUUACCUCAUUUGCAGCUUCAGAGAAUAUGAGUGAAUACUUGUAAAGCUAAGUUUGGGUUUCAUUUACAAGUUGUGCUGUGAUGGUGCAGAGUAUUCCAGUUCUUUAUCAAGAGGCUUUACACUCCAUUAUAGUUUUUAAGGAGAGUCAUGAUUGAAUUUAACCAUUUUCUAUGUCAGGUACUACCCAUCAUAGUUUUCUGAAUCAUGUAUGUUUUCAUGACAGUGAAGUUAUAUUUAUGAAAGUAGAACUAGAUUGUGUAUAUACAAUUUGUUUAUAUCUAAAGUAUUAGGCUUGUAGUCGAGUCAUUGUGUAUAACUUACUUUAUGCAUGUUUUCCCCUUUCCAUUUUUAUAUCUUUAAUGUCAUAAUUGAUAAGCUAAAUAAAUUUACAUGUGUUUACUCAUAUACAUAUAUUUUUUAUUUAUCUAUUUAUUUAUUUUGCAUGUUUCACAAGUAUGUUUACCUUUUAUUCUUUUGUGUUUACUCCGUUGGUGUACUGAUAUCAGCUUUUUAUUUUUAUUAAUCUCAUGAAAGCACAGGUAUAGCCUAUAUCUAAUACAGAUUAUGUAUGGGUGUGUUAAAGUUCCUUCUGUUUUUUUAAGUCUGCUCGUUCACUUUGUUUUAUUUUAUGUGAAUAUUUUUGUCCUUGUGUGAAUAGAAGUGUGGGUGAUUGUUUGAAUUAAAAUGCGUUAGCAAUAUAUAGUUAGACAACAGAAUUUUUAUUCAGAAUCCGCUUGAGUAAAUAUAUCCUGUCAAGGGACAUGCAUUGGCAGCUUAUUCAAAGUGGAAUGUGGAUUUCUAGCUUAUGUGCAUGUGUGUGUGCUCAGAUGCAUGUUUAUAAAGAUAUUUAUGCAUAGAGAUAAGAUAUUUCCCAUUUUUUAAAUACAUAGCAUAACACCACAUUAAACCCAUUGUAACGCAUCACAUUACAUUCACAUUGUGUGCUAAUGAUGCAAAAACCAGCAUGCAAGCAAAUGCAAUCAUGCAAACACAACUCAUAAAUUCAUUCUGCCUCUUUAAAGUGUCAGUCCUGUUUCAGUUUAGAAAACACAUUAUUAUAUUGAACUGAUGGCAUUGAGCUUUUAACUUGUGUACUGUAAUCUAAACACACUGGAGUAAGAAGUUGGAAACCAGCUUUGAACACUGGGUUGUGGAACUUGGAAAAAAAUGUAAGAAAGAAAAAAAAAAUGUAAAGUGGCACAUAGCUGAUGUUUGAUGUGAUGUAAUUAUGUAGGUGCCUUAAAGACUGCUUAGCUCUCUGCCUCUCUUUUUUUGGUUAUCUUUUACACAUUCAUAAUAUCCGUUAAUUACACUGUUAUCAAAUCUUUCUUCUUUUAAAGGGUUUAAAGACUUGUGUGACGUGAGUGGGAUUAGGGUGCACUUAGCUGAGAAAUGAGCUUUUGGCUUGAGAAGUCUAUAACAAAAGUGCCUUGAUGUAGUAUCCAUUGUCCAGUACUGGCAAAAUAGGCUUUAUAAUAAUAAUUUAUUAUUCUUCUUCUUCAGUUUUCUUUUUUAUUGGUAUAGGUAUGUUUUAGUUUCAUAUUGCAGGCAAAAGUGUUAGGGGUUUUGGUUGAUUUAUUAUUUUGUAUAUCAUGGGAUGGGUGUGUGCACUUGUGUUUAGCAACACGUAAUUGUUAACAAGCAUAUAUAAAUGCAAAAUAGCCUUACAUGUUUUGAUAUGCUUAAUCAGUGUCAAAUACACGUGAAACCAUACACAUGGAUACUUAAACAUAUUAUAUACUGUAUAUGUGUACUCAUAUGCAUGUAAAAGGAAUCCUAAUCAGUAUGUAUGUGUGUAUGUAUGCAUGUAUGUACAAUUAUUUGAAAAAUAUAAAGCUAUACAGUCACUAGUCUUACAGUAUUCUCAUACCUAAAACAUGAUUUAUUGAGUCACAUCAAUAUUUAUAGCAGUUUUCUCAACUGGUCACAAGACCCCAACUUGUCAUGACAGGAUUACAGUAGAUAUUAAAUUCAUACUGAUUGAUUGUAUGAUUAAAUUCCAAAACUGAUGUAAGUAUUGAUAUUUUCAUUUCAUAUAUGGUAAGUAAUUUUUUCUGGUAGUCUUAUAUACUUUGAAUAGGGUAAAAAAUCUUUAGAUCUGAACCUUUUGUCACUCUUCAUGGUAGACAAAAAAGAAAGAAAGAAGAAAAAGGAAAAUGAUAAAAAGCAGUCUAUGGGAUAAGGGUUUUACCAAGUAUUGUCAUGUGGCCAGUGUCCUUAGCCACAGUUUUUAGGGAAGGACAUGUUUUGUUUGUGUAGUGUGUGUGUGUGUGUCUGUGUAUGCAUGUGUGUGUGUUUGUUUGUGAGGCACCAGCAAAAGAAUGCGUUUUGAUAGAUGUUUUGACCCAUUGUAAUGUUAUUGCAAUUCUAACCAAGUUAUUAAAACUUUUGGAUUUAUUACUGUGAUGGUCUGGCAAUGUUGACUUAAGAAUCGCAUCAGGUUUGUUGAACUAAGCUUACAAAUUUUUCUUUUAUAACCAAACAUGUUAUGAAUAUAGAUUUAGAUAUAUUUUCUAUAUUGUUUCAUUAAAAAGAAUGUAUAAUGUAUAUGUAAUGUUUAUGGUUAUUUUAGGUAAUAGAUAUUGUCAUGCUGUAAAAAGCAAAAUAAAGAUAUUUAUUAAGAAAGGAUUUUUGAUGUUUAUAGAUUGAUUUCAAGGUUAUGAUAUUACUGUUUUCAUUGUUUUCAUUUUGUGUUCUUUUAAUUUAUUCAGCUAUUUGGU